CGUGGAUGUUUUUGUUCCAUUUCAUGAAACGAGUUUCUAUUUCAACUGCACACAAAUAGCCGACACCCGCGGCUCCCCACGCCGCUCAUUCAGCAACCCCCAAUUGAUCGGCCGUGAUUGUGAUACAGGGCGUUCUCCUGGGUUAAUAAGUGAUUUACUGGAUUGCAGUGUCG